AUGGAGAGUCGUGCGAGAGAGUUGUUUCGUAUUGACGUCUCUCGGGGGAGUGCGGCGGACACCCCACUCACCGCAUUCGCCGUAUCGAAGUCCCCAUAUAUUGUGCCUUCUCCCUCUCCGGGUUCCAGCUCGCUGGCGCAUGGCCUCGAGGCCCAAGAGAGUUUUGAGGAGAACACGUCUCAGCAGGGUCCGCGUAGCGCCGCACUUCUGCGUGAGACCGGGCAGGAACAAACGUCCCAGCGGCGGCAGGAGCAGCAGGGUCAGCCAUUUGUGCGAGGCACGCUCACGUCUCCAGUGCUCAGUUUGCGUGGUGACUCACCGUCGUUCGUUAGCUCCCGACCGCACUCCCCGCCUCGCAUACGUCCCACCAGCGAACUUCUGCCAGCAAGGGAUGCGAAGGACGCGCCACGGAGUGCGCCUACUCUUGUACAGGCUGAGGAUGAUAUGCUCCACGGGGCUCAUGCUUGCUCAGCCCAACCAACGGCUCAGCCACGGAAUCGAAUGCCGUCGUCGUGGCUUGGUGACCCCACUCAGGAAGGAGACUCGAUAUCUAAAGUUCUCGGGUCGGUGCCCUCUGUUGCAGCGGUGGCGUCUGAAGAGAAGGCAGCACGGAGCACCACUUGUCGCGUGUGUCCCUUGUGCGGCGUCUCCGUGGUGCUGGUGGGGACGUUUGUUGAGCACCAGGUUCAAUGGAACGAGCAUGUGGCGUCCUGGAUGCAUCAAAGGAACCUUCAGUUGCGCACUGCGACUCAGCGCACGGGUUACAACCCUAUUGAGAGCACGGCUUUGGCGUUGACUCCGCCGUUUUUGUCGGGAAUGCCGAACACAACAGAGGACAUUUCGGCAUCGCCGGUGUUGCUGCAGCCAGAUGACACCUCCCCCGAGGGCAUCUCACUGCUCCGUGCGAUGGCGUUUCCGACUAGAGCAAAGGGAUUGGAAGCUCAGGCGUCUGCCCCCUCGUCUCAGGAAACGAGGCAGGAUACCGCUUUGCUUACCUCCUCUCCCUUCCAUGUGUUUAAAAAUCUCUUCCCGGGGGCGAACCCCCCGAGUACCUCGGAAAACAACAGCAGUGGUGAGGAUCACAUGGGAAUCGACCACACCAAAGACUGUCUCGCCCCCCUUUGGAAGGCUGGCGAUCAACAGCAGAAGACGAUACCGCGGGACGAAGCUCGCGGUGCGCCACCACCACCACCGGCAGGGCGUCAAAGUGACGGUGCCUCGAACAAAGGCAAAGACCCCUCGCGAGCGAUGGAAGCAGAAGAAACUGACCAUGCCGCUUCCUCGAAAGUUUCUGAAAGUGUGUCGCUGCGGGAGGAGCUUGCAAGAAGGAAGGAUCACCAGUUAGAACGCACACUCACGAAGUUUCUGAUAAAGAAGGAAGAUCAACGGCUGCUUCUGUGCUUCCGUCGCUGGUUCAAUCUCAUGUUUGUGCGGAUGGUAAACGGUUCAUCCUUCCUUAAUAGAUCCCUCCCAAUACACGGGCCCGUGGCGGCGGCGGGAGCAGCAGCAGCAGCAACAACAACAAUGCCAGUUGUCACAGAUUCGGUGAAGCCUAGAGGCGAGGAGGGGGAUCCAUUGCUUGGUUGCGAUGUAACUGAGAGGCGGCGGGAAAACACUUUUGAGUCUGCCACCCCAUCACGCACGGGGCGCAAACAUAAAAAGGACAAUAGAAAUCGGAGCAAAAGGGCGACUGGUGAUGGAGGACGCGGAGGCGCUUUCAUGGCGUCACGAGUUAAGGGUUUUGCCCAUGUCAUGAACAACUCCUCCUCAAGCAGUGUGGAGGUGGAGGUGUCGAAGACGGAUGUGAGUUGGCACAUUCAGCACUCGGCGCGACCGCCACACGACGGCGGGGAGAGCGACAGUGAGGCAACCUCGCGGAGGUGCUCCUUGGAGAGUGAUGCAAGCAUUCAGGUGUUGCUAUCCUCCCUGACACCGCGUUUACAGGAACGCGUGCGAACCGUGCUCCGGGGUGAGCCCAGGCGAUCACGUGCGUUUCCCAAGACUACAAAUGUUUUGAGCGCCAUGCGGUGUUCCUUACUGGACCAGGCACUAUCUCUCUCUGCAUCGCCUCUCUUGAUCAACGACGGAAACCACCGACGCUCCUUAUCCUUGCCGACGACGCAUAUCACGCAGGGCGGUUUGGAUGACGUGAUGCAUGGGAUAAGCGAUUCAAGGCGAGGAGCUUUAUCGUCAUCUUUGACUUGUGCGUCGCCACACCAAGGAAGCGGCACAGCAAGAGAAAUCAAGCCAGAAUCAGACGUUCUCCAUAAUGUGUGCGCUGUUGCAGGAGUGGAUAUGGUGGACACGCAGGACAUUCCCGUGACCAUAAGUGUGACAGCUAGAAAUGUUUCACCACCACCUACGGACCCGACCGCGAUGCCUUGCUUGCGGCAGGGGGAGCCGUUGGGCGGCUCAUCUGGGUGCAGCACCUCUGCUGGGGCGCGAGGGUCUCCGCUGCAGCUGCACAGUCGGGGCUCGUUGGAGGGGCAUCCAAAAUUAUUUUCCAAGGUGGAACCGUUAUCUUCGUCCCCGUCGCAGCGUCGUGGCCUUCUCUUUGAAGGCGUGGAAGAAAGACUAGAUUCGGCUCUGCGUGAGAGUUAUGCUAAUCAACCUCCCCUCUUGCACCAACAAUGUGACGGGCAGAGACACAGCAGCUCUUUGCGGCCCCAGACAAGGCGUGGAGAGGUGUUUUUGGGGCGGGGCGGAGCGCGGGAGACGUUUAAAGGUAUUCCUGGGGAGUGCUACUGCUACCGCGACGGCGCGUAUCACCGCGUGUUGGACCCGACCGCCGAGUCAUGUUACGAUGCACGGGGCAAUCAACUGCCGAUUUUUGUUGUGCGUCGCCCUACAUCGGCGGUUACGUCCCCGACACGUCGCUCGCCCGCGAGAACGCGUCCACAGAGUCCCCUUGGACCGGCUCGCCUGAAUCCGUACUGUUCCGUCUGUGUAAAGCGCUAUUGUAUUGUUCUAGUGGAUGAGUUUAUGCGGCCGGUGGCCGCCUCGCCAAGCCGCCAAGGGAGAGGGACGUUAUGCAACGGCAGGGAGGUGCACGGCUUUGCUUGCCCCAGCAGAAACGCGCGAUCUCCAACCUCUCGAGGAGUGCAAAAUCCGCUGCUAUCGAGGCCUGCCCAAUUGUCGCCGCGGCGCACUUUUUCACGGGGACGGCAGGACCGCCCUGCCUCAUCACUAUUGCCACGUCGUUGCUCACCAGCGACAAAAACGGACUUUGCUGCGGCGACAGUUGGCGAGCAUGCAUCUGCGAGACCGAACUCUGUGAGUGCUGCGCCGCCCGGUGAGUCCGACUCAUGUGAGGUCCACCACCAGGACCCCACGCCGGAGGAAGAGAAGUGGGUGCAGCGACAGGAGCGGCAUUUGCGCCGGCGGGUGAAAUCGCUUCUCUGGCGAGAACUGCCGCAGUGUCGCGGCAGCCAACAGUGGGCGGAAUACCUCACAUCCCUGAAGGAGGCGAUGCAAACGUUAGAGGCGUUGCGUUCGGGGUCAGGUGCCCAAUAG